AUGGCUUCCACGUCGGCAACAUUAUCUUUUGAAAAGAAUGCCAUGUUCAUUGUUGCAAACAAAUUAUUGCAGCAGCUGAUUGAUUUGCUGGAUAGCUUGCCGCCAAGCAGUGACGAUGACGACCAGGUGUAUACUAAACCCUCCAUAGUAAUGCCUGGUGGAACGAUCGGCAAACACAGCAGGCAUAUAUACGAUCAUUUUCACUUGCUCCUCUUGCAUAACCCAAAGUUGGGGUCCGAUCCAACAAACAACAACAGCCGGUGGAUUGUGGAUUUUGAUGAUCGAAGCCGAGAUCGACCCAUGGAAGUGCAGCAUGAAAAUGCAGUUCGCUCCUUGAAAGAGAUGCAGCAAAAACUCCACCAAGCACAAGAAAAGAUUCCCUUGGAUACACCCUUACUCUUGGUUGCCACGAUUGAUGAUAAUGACAAAAUACCCAAAUACCAUAUGGAGUCAUCAUUCGAGAGGGAAUUAUGGUAUUGUUGCAUGCAUGCCAUCCACCAUUACGCUUCCAUCAAAGCCAUUUGCAUCGAACACAACGUCCCUGUAUCCAAAGAGUUUGGCGUAGCUCCAUCCACCACGUUAUAUCAUCAUCAACAUCAAAAAAUGACGGGUCACCUUUAA